UCUAACUCUUCCUGUCCUGUACUUGUAAAGCUGUGUAAAGCCUUAGGUGAGAUUGUGUCACUGGUUGCUCUCAUAUAUAGUUUCUUGCACUACAAAAACAAACAAACAAAUAAAUAAAUGAAUACUUUAAUAUUACAAGGUGUAGGAGAACACUAAAUAUGUGCAGUUUGUAAAUAUUGCUUUAGAAAAAUCAGGAAACCAAAACCACACAUAAAAAAAUCUUCCCCUUAUGGCAUAUGUUUGUAAUCCGUAUACUGUUAGCUGGCAUGCUUUUGAAUAAAGCAUUUUGAUGCCAUUUACUGCAAUCACCAAACCCUACGGUUGCACUUUUGAUUCAUUGGUUUCAACUGUUGAAAAUUAUAGAACUAUUAUCAGCCAUGUACUUUUAGGUCUGUCUAGUCAUAUAUACAGUAUUUUUUUGUUCCAAAGUAAUACAGUACAAUAUUAAAAUAUAAAAUGAUGUUUUUAAUGAAAGGUGUUUAAUGAAAUAGGAUUAUUUAUGAUUUGCUAAAGAGAUUUGCAUACCUACUUAUCAGAUCAAAAAGAGUACUUGCUUCUGCAGUUUGUGGUUGUGUCACAUGUGCAAGUGUGUGGCUGAAUAUGUUUUUUUUUCUGCUUUGCCAGUUAGAGAAGCACAGAUGACAAGCAGCACUGAGGUGGCAUUCUUUAAUACCACAAUGGAAAAUCAUACGGAUGAUUACUCAUCUUAUCAAUACCUCUACGAUGAUUUGAAUGAUACGGUGAUUCCAACGUCAGUCACUGCGCUGAAGGAGCAACCUCUCUCCAUGUCUCACAUCUAUCUCCCCAUGUUUUAUUUCAUUAUGUUCUUUGCUGGAUUCACUGGGAACCUGUUUGUCAUCAUAAUUAUUGGUAACAGGCACAAGAAGAAUGCACGUCUGGUAGAUACAUUUGUGCUGAACCUUGCUCUAGCAGACCUGGUUUUUGUCUUCACUUUGCCGCUAUGGGCUGUCUCAGCUGGGAAGCAUAACCAGUGGCCUUUUGGGGAGCUGAUGUGCAAGAUCAGCAGCUAUGUCAUUGCAGUCAACCGCUUUUCCAACAUUUUCUUUCUCACAUGCAUGAGUGUGGACCGUUACCUUGCCAUAGUGCGCCUUAUGGACUCUCACUUUCUCCGGAGCAGCAAAUGCAUACAUCUAACUUGUGGAGUGGUAUGGGGAUUGUCCCUGAUUUUGGGGACACCAUCACUGGUUUAUCGUGGGUUGAUUGAAGGUGACUUUUGUAUAGAUGACCUGGAUUCCUCCUUUUUCCAAGGUAUGAUUCUGCUAUCAGUCUUUCUGACCUUUGUGCUGCCUGUGCUGAUUAUCAUCCUAUGUUAUGGCUCAAUUGUGGUCAAACUGCGGCACCACUGUGUCUCUGCUGGAAAUUCACGUGCUGAAGCCCGAUGUCGCCACUCUCUCAAAAUUGUUUUUACCAUUGUUAUUGUUUUUCUGGUAUCUUGGCUUCCCUAUAAUAUGUUAAGGACAAUUCAAGUACUCUGUAAGAUCAGUAACAUCAAGCUGAAUGAUGACACCUACAUGUAUUUGGCCAGAGGGCUCAUCAUCUCCUCCUGCCUGGCCUUUCUCAACAGUUGUCUGAAUCCAGUCAUUUACUUGUUCCUGGAUAAGCAUUUUAGGCGCAGCGCAGCCGCACAGUGCAAGUCAUGCACUGGCAAGGGGGAUAUACAGCAGAGUUACAUGUCAUCUAAUUCAACUGCCUCAAAUGGUCUCUCAGAGAGCCUGGGAAGCACUGCACUCCGUGGCCACCUCUUCUCCCUAACUCAAAAGAAAUGAACUCUACUCAGCCAC